AUGAACCUCCCCAGUCGACCUGUGGCCGCUACAUAUGCGCACCGCGAGCCGUUGUCAGCGUACGCUCACUUCCGCCUCAACCCAGCCCGCCAUCGAGUUACAGACACCUCGGACCAUUCCUAUCGAGCGUCAACACAAAAUGCCGCGCCACCUCUCAUCUCCGGCCUCACUCCCAACCGCGGUGUUGCUUCUCCUCUCGUCGCGGCGCGUUCCGCGGCUCACCGCCCCCCCUUGCCGGCACUGCAUCUUGUUAGAGCCAUCUGUAAGACUUCACAAUCUCCUGCCGCCAUGUCCAGGACGGAAACCCCCAGGUGGCCACCGCCCGCUAGCCUUUCAUCCUUCUUCCCCAACCGCCUCCUCGCUUCCCUCUUUGCCCGCUCCCCAACACGCUCUCCGCCUCGCAGCACGUCGCCCCGGCCAGGCCUCCCCGAACUGGCAUCGCCAAACGCGAGUCCGAAUCCGAACCCGACCCUCUGGGAGCAAGUCAAAGCCACAAUGGACAAAGAGGAGUACUUCCGGCAAAAGUCCAGAGCCGCAGACCUCCAGAUCAAAGGGCACACGCGCGAGAUCGCAGCCCUCAAACGGCAGCUCGCAGACAAAGACAGAGCCAUGGAGCGGCAGAAGCGCAGGCAAAAGUCGCUCGAAGAAAGCCUCCGGCAAGCCAGGCUCGCCGAGCGCGAGGCAAGGCGCCGCGGCGAGUCCGCCGACAGGCUCCGCCACGAGUUGCAGGACAGCAAGCACGAGUCCAGGCGGUACCGGACCGCGCUGGCCGCUGCCUUCAAGCUCAUCGACGACCUGAGCGACAAGACCACCCUCGCCCGACUCCUCGAGCAGACGGACCGCCAGCUGUCCAGGAGCAGCUGCGCCAACAGCACGCCGGUGAGGCAGACGUUUGAAAACGUGGCGCCCGCCUCGUGGGCCUCGGUCAAGGCCGAGGAGAGCAGUGAUGACGACGACGGCUCCAGAGGAGCCUUUGGCCGAGACAACACCGCAAUGCCAGGGACACCCAUGAAGCGCCAAGCGGGAGAAGACUGGUCCGGUGAGGACAGCGACUACGCGCCGUUGGCCAAGACGAGACGGAUUGGGGGUAGGAGUCCCCGUAAGAUUGUCCUGGAGGAGUAG